AUGAGCAUGGGCAAGGUAAGCAUUCGAUAUCUCCAGAUCAUCUUCUUUGAGGAGAGGAACUUGCAGGGUCGCUCCUACGAGUGCAUGAGCGACUGCUCCGACGUGUCCUCCUACCUGAACAGAUGCCAGUCCUGCCAGGUGGAGAGCGGCUGCUUCAUGAUCUACGAGCGUCCUAACUUCAUGGGCAAUCAACACUUCAUGAAGAAGGGCGAGCACGCCGACUCCAUCAGCAUGAUGGGCAUGACCAGCGGCAUCAAGUCCUGUCGCAUCAUCCACAUGCACAAAGGCCAGUUCAGGAUUAGAAUCUUUGAACGGGAGAACAUGACCGGCCAGUCCCAAGAGCUGCAGGAGGACUGCGACAACAUAGUGGAGCGCCUCCGGAUGAAAGAAUGCUUGUCCUGCCAGGUGAUGGAGGGCCACUGGCUGCUGUUCGAGCAGCCCAACUUCCGUGGCAAGAUGGUAUACGUGAGGCCCAGCGAGCACCGCAGCUUCAAGGAGAUGGGCAUGAGCAGUACUCGCUUCUUGAGCAUGAAGCGCAUCGUGGACGUAUGCUAG